UAAUAUUCCAAAAUGACGUCACCCACCCACAUCCAACAUGGCGGACGAGGAAAACACAAACAUGGAAUCCGAUAAGAGUAAAGCUUUUUGUAAUGGGCUUAAACGACUCGUAGAUGAAGAAACAGAGAAAAGAGAACACGAAGACGUACCUAAAAGCUGCACCACUGCGGAGUACUGCGAGAAGUUACAGACGUGGAUGUGCCAGUACUACACCGGCUAUGUGACAUGGCAGAGCUGGCUGGCGGCGUCAGCCAUGUCCUACCCGUGUGUUUUGCAGUCGGUUAACGGCACGUCGACGGCACGUCUCGAUUCCACCUAUCACAAUUUGUCCACCGGUCCGUUUGGUGUUCCGUUGUCGCCCUAUGCUUACGCCUCUGGUUCGCCGAGCAGCCGCGCAGGUGACGCCGCGGGCGCGGCUGCAGUGCCGACUCAGCCCCAGCAGCUACAGCAAGAUAAUGGAAAUGCACGGAGACCAGCAGGUCGAGAGUACACAAUUCCCUCACCUCUCCAAAGACUCCUGGCUGAAGUUGUGGAUUUCUUCAUACUGUUUUUCAUCAAAGCGGCCAUAAUCCUCAGUGUUAUGCAUAUGAGUGGAAUCAAGGACGUGUCCAAGUUUGCCAUGCAUUUUAUCGUGGAGGAAAUAGACGAGGAAACGUCGAUGGAGGAGCUGCAGAAAAUGAUGCUGGUUGCUCUGGUGUACCCAAUAUUAGUGUGUUGUUACGAGAUUGUGUGUAUUUGGGGACCGGGAGGAGCCACUCCAGGAAAGUUCAUUAUCGGACUCCGAGUUGUGACAUGUGACUCAUCGGUUCUGGUGCAGCCGAACCGGGUCCUUGUCGUGCCGGCGACUAAUGUCUCUUUCUCUGCGUCAACAGUCCGAGCCCUGAGCAAGAACUUUUCGAUCGCGUUCUUCUUCCCAGCUUUCAUCACGCUCCUCUUCUUCCAGCACAACAGGACUGUCUACGACAUGGUCGCCGGCACCAUUGUUGUGAAGCGCUCCAGGGUCAGAUGACCCGGACCAGUAUUCAGAACUUAAGUCUGGUCCAGCCGUAGGUUAACGCGGUUCAUGUGGGGUUGGUCUGCAUGUGUCUCUGUGCCAAGUUCCUGUCUCUUGACAAUGACAUCUGCUCUUUUCAUAAAGACACAAUUGACCUCUUUUUAAAUGCUGUUUAGAGAUCACGGGUGAAUGUGAUCUUUCACGCAGUAUUUAAGUGGCUAAUCUAUGUAUUUUUUAAAAAUAUUAUAGCCUCAGUAUGUAUCUUUGUAUGACUAGUGUGAAAUGUUGAGCCUUGGGGGGGACUUAGGCUAACGUUUCAGGUGCUCUAGUACUGUACAGUUUGAUUAAUUCAGUAUAUUGACAGCCUGAACCCACUCUCCUUUAAGUCAGCAUGUUGUGGUGUGAUCCUAAGACAAAUGAAUAGGCAGUUGAGUGAAAAGCUAAAGCGCUAAUAUCCACUACAGUGGAGCCUCGGGAUUCCGGUCAAACUCAACAAUUUUUUCCCUUUGGAAAUGCAAUUUAAUCAUAUAACCAUUAACUGUAUAAGUGAUAUUUUAAGUGUAAAAAUAAGUUAACCACACUUUUAUUAAAAUAAUAAAAUACUGUAAAACAGUAAUGACAAAGUCGUGAUGCAAUUAUUUGCGUCUUUCAUGCACCUCAGUAAUCUAAUGAGUUUAAAAUUAAUUAAAAGUGCAGGUCCGUAUAAGACGGUGUCUAGGUCCGUACUCAGGCCGCGGUCCUCCAGUUAGUGACCUAUAUUCUUUCUAAGGAUCACACCCGUGUAAAAAAAAACUACUUACAGAGGUUCCACUGUAUAUGGUGCAUCCAUGAAUUUAAAACUUAAAAUUUUAUAUCAGGACUCAAAAACAUAUUUCCCCCUAAUUUCAAAGCUUGGACAUAAUAGUGUUGGUUGUUUUUCCUGUACAAAAAGGCUAUUAAUUUAUCAUAAAAUACACUUCUGUGCAAUUCCCUGCUGUCCAAAUGUGCAUGAUUAAUAUCUGCCAUUAAGAUGAAUGUUGCUUAAUUCUUUAAUGCAAUAUGGGUUGCUGAACAGUAAUAAAGUAUUGAUUUUUUUUUGGGAUCAGAUUUCCUGUUAUUUUCUGUUCUGGGUACUUUUUAAGCAGAUUCUACGAUUAUGUAUAAAAAGAAAUUGUGGUGUUCCUCAGGGCAAUGAUACACCCAUGGGUUUCAGAGGAAGUAAACCUGAACUAUUAUUAUUAAAGUCACCAUAAUUCA